AUGAAAAAAAAGUGGAUCAGUCGUAAAAAAAGUGGUAGAGCACUGGUGUCACCCUCCCCUGAUGCAGGUUUUCCUCCGCUACCCACUCGCCCAGACGUAUCGGCUGCUCCUAUACCGAUUCCGUCUGUUUCCAACAACAAACGCCGUCGUGCUAGUGAUACCGGUAGCACUGAUGACGAAGCUGCUGUUUCGCAGCCGGUUUGCGAAUCUGAUGAGAGAAUUCCAGAAUCUCCCAUGCCUGUUUCGGAAUCUGUUCCCGCUGUCUCUCCUGCUUUGCCUGAUGACGUCAAACUUGCUGCCAUGCCGUCGGCGCAAGAGCCACAACAUUCGGUCGAGGUGUUGUUGACAUCCCCACCGCCACAGGCAUCACAACAUGUUGACGACACUUCGAUGGAGACGGCUGUUUGUCGGAAAACCGCUCCUAGAACUGCGCGCUCCGCAUCAGCAGACUCCAAACCUAUCUUACCACCUCCUACACUUCCAAUACCUACACAUUCUGAAACCGGUGCCGAUGUUCCUGAUGCAGUUUUCCCCUUGAUGGCUCCUCCUUCGGACUCCUCUCGCCCUGCUAAUCCUUCGGACGCUUUGGUUGACGUGCCUGAUCUCGAACCCCCCACUCCGCCUGCUCUUGAAUCUGGUGUGCAUCAGAUACGUCGUCGGGUGAAAGUGCCCCCCAAUCUCCACGCGGUGCGGAAGAAACAUAAGCAUGCGAAGGACGACUCUGAUUCCGUUGAUUCUGGACAAUCACCCUCUGCCAUGUCUGAUGUUGAUGAUAUGGAUGUAGUUGCUUCUAGUGUGGUGUAA